AUGGCCUUGUCUACGCUACCGACAGAGAUCUGGCACCAUAUCCUCGCCGUCGCGACAGCCGUUCCAGGGGCCCUGGACGUUGGCCCUCGCGAUCCUUUCCACGCACCGCCGCGUCUACCGUUCUUUGAUGAGCAGAAUGCCUUACAGGACUCGCUGAAGAUAAAGGGCUCAUUAUCGAGGGUUUGCAAAGUUUGGAGGGCGUUGGUCGAGCCGUACCUUUACGAGGCUAUCGUAAUUGGCCCCCGCGGAGCGAGUACAUUGCCGUCUCUAGCUGCUGCGCUACUCAAAUCCAAGAAACAAGCAGAACAGCGUGCAUCCUCUGAAACCUGCCCCUUGGGCAACUGGACGAGACGUCUGGAUUUGCGAAUGCACGAGCAUCGUGCUAUCGAACUCGGCUCACUUGCCAGUGUCGUUGGAUGUCUGCCCAACCUCAGUAUCUUGGCAGUAUACGUGACAGAACCCAUCUAUGCCCACGUACAAAUGCCUCGCAAUGUGGUAGAGGCCCUCAUACAGACAUGCGCGUCGUCCCUUCAGAUCAUCCACUGCUGCAGCGACCGUCUUCAUUUCUCGCGGGCGGAUUGGAAGGAGCUGCUCGCUGCGUCACCAUCGCUACGGCAUAUACACCACGAGACAUUCGCACCUCCAACCUUGCGAGAGGACGCUCAAUCAAUCACACUACGAUCCUCGUGGGCCGAACCGCCCGCCAACUGGGUGCACAUAGCGUCAUCAUUCAAGGACCUCCACUAUUUGCGAUACAUUAGCGCGUACGAGGACGAUCUAUCCCUGCGCACGGCGCUCCUUCUAUUCGGUCGCUCCUUGCGCAUCCUAGAGCUUGAUCGCUACUCAAACGCCACAUCAUCCAAUCCCGUUUUCGGGCUUCAGAACGUGUCUGAUUUGUGCCCUGCUCUGGAGAAGCUGACGCUGCAAUUCCUGGCUUGGGAGGAAACGGCGGAGCUUGAACGCCUUCCAAAGACCGUCACACACCUCGGCGUUCGCUGCUACUCCUGGUCGACGACCGGGGAGCAAUACGCCGACCUGUUUGAGACUCUAAGAUACGUUGAUGCCGAAUCGUUGCGUGAAAUAUGGUUCCUUGACGAUGCCCGAUCUUACGAUCUACGGGUCCGCUAUCCGGGAGCGCUUCGGGUAGGCUUGGGGGUAUGCGAAGAACGCACUUGGGAGUUGAAGGAUUCUGUUGGAAACCCCUUCACGUUGGGCGAUAUCAGAAUACAUCACUAACACUCAGGUCCGCGGUAGGCUUGCGUCGAUUCUCCGUCUGCCGCUCCAUGCACCUGCUUCGGUACCAGCGGCUCUGCCACAUGUGGUGCAUCAUACAUCAGCUGCGGAAUGGUACACAUACAAUGCAGUUCUUCUGCACGGCUUCUCUUAUGAUACUCAGUUGAUUCUGAAGGACUAACAUUUUUUAUCAAUGCCAUACUUCGCUUCGAG